UUGUUGGCUGCCGUUUUCCGCAGUUUUCUCGCAGUUCUCGCAGCAUUGCGAUUUCGUUUUUCGUUUUUCAUUUCACAUUUUGCUUUUCCGCCUUUUGCACAGCUCUUUUUGUUUUUCUGCAUCUAUUCAAACUCAGCUUCUGAAUAAAAUCAAUGCGAAAUGCGCGAAACGAGAUGCAAAGUGCCAGCGGCAUGAAUCAUAAAUCAAGGCAAUUGUUUACAAUGCGGUAAUCGCCCAACAACCACACUCAACAAUGGUCAAUUGCCACAUAAUGUCAUUAAGAAAAUACUCACAAAUAAAGGCAGCAGUAAUAAUAAGUACUUGUUGCUCAGCUUAACGAAUGUUUCGCCUUUUUCGUGUCUUUUGUUGGUGAAAGGUGCCAAAAGACAAAAGGUAAAAGACCGUGGUCUACUGAAAUACAACUACAACUGCACCUGGCAAAAGUCUGUACACCAAUAACGGUACAGUUAAAGCUUGCAGCAGGCAAAUCGGUUGAGCUUUUCCAGAGCCGUAACGUAAGUGCAGCUUCCCCGUUUUCACUGUCUCACUGUCUUUUUCCUAUCACAAAAACGGCUGUGGCUAUAAUGGCAACAGCAACAACGGCACAAACUAUAGAUACUGUAGUUUUCAUUGAGCUUUACGUGCUCCACCCCCACUCGACCCCCUCCCCUCUCCACCCCUCUCGAAAACUCCCCCACUUUACUACUCAUUGCCGCCUCACUUUGAAUGAAAUUAAGUCUGUUUUCGUAUGCGGCUAUCGUUCUGGAAUUCAAAGCGCCAAAAGGUCAGCUGCACUACGUCAGUAAGGUCUUGCCCUCUACAAUUAAUCAAACUUUUACAGCACAACAACUAUAGAUCCACAGUAGAGCCUCUAUUGAUCGAUCUUUAUAGAUUUUUGUUGCGAUUUUCUGUCUUUUCUUUUACAAAGAGUUUUGGCUUAUACUACAACUAGUUUUUACAUAUAUUUGUAAACAAAAAACAAAGAAAUCAAAGCAUAGGUUUACGGCAGUCCUUCUUAACACUAAACUAAACUGGAAAUUGUGAACUUUAUACAGAAAUAUUUAAAACGGUUUCUAAAAUCUGUCGAAAGUGGAUUAGUACCCCAAAAAUAUUAUAAAAAGUAAAUAGUAGUCGAUGGAAAAGUUUACAUUUUGACUUGCCAGUCAAAAAUAAAUAUUUUUGUAUCAGCGUUGUUAUUUGAGUUGAUCAUAAAGUGGCCAAAAAUUCGAGACACUGAAGUUCUACUGUUUAUAAAUUGAUACGCACACACUGGAGCCCAAUGAUGACAGGCCUGGACUGUUAUGUCUGCCAGACGAUGUGCUGAUCUUUAUCGUGGGACAUCUCGACUUGCAAACUCAGCUGAGGUUGACGCACGUGCAUCUUCGGUUCCUGGAAGUAAUGCCCCACGUCUGGCGGUCUCAUAAUAAAUCUGUUAAUCUCUCCCUAAUCGAAUUGCAUUUGGACGACGAGGACCUCUGCUUCUUCCUUGGCAGCACUCAAAGAACCCUCAAUUCUCUCCGGAUAAAGAUGGAAAGGAGAUCAAACUUCGAUGUCCUUACCAACUAUGUGUUCCCAAAACUCAAUGAUUUCCGCUUCUCAACGAACUCGUUCACGUUGAAUGAUUCGGAUUUAGCAAAAAUGAUUAGGAGUUUUCCUAACUUAAAAACUUUCAGCCCCCAUGGAAGGUUUACCGGUGAGGGCAUGACAGGAUUCCAGUCCCUGGAAAACCUAACUGUCUCUUACUGCAGUAAUUUCGAAAUCAGCAGCCUGAUUCACAUACUGAAAAGUAGAAACAUUAAAAGUCUUAAAUUGGGAUUGUUUCACACAAUUCAGCUUGGGUAUAUCUGUUUGCCCUUGGAGGGGAUACAAAACUUAGAGAUGCUGGAGUGUGACAUGGAGGAAAUGAGAAUAUUGUUCCUGCCGAAUUUUGAAAAGCUCACCCACUUGAAGCAGCUGUUUCUUUGUGGCCAAGUGUACGGGCCUUUUGUCGGGGCAGUGUUGGAAUAUGCGAAACGUAGUAUCAAAACCGUGGAGAUAAACAUCUAUGGGGAACUUAAUGAGAUUCUCAGCCCGAAUGUUCAAAUUGAAAUCCUGAAAGUGGCAAAGAUCUUACAUGUAAAUAGGGAAAGCAGAAGCUUGUUAAAUUUUGAUAAGAUCAAAGAAAUAUAUUUUAAGAACUGUGCCAUCGAUGAGAUUGGCCUUAAGCAAAUAAUAAGAAGUCUAAAGACUACUGAGAUCCUAGGCCUUAGUGAUUGCAAGUUUGAUUUCAAGGAAUUCACAUUUUUUCCACUUGAGAUUGCCAAGGGCCGUCAUAAAACACUCCAUAUCUUUUCGGGUCCAAACCUCGUCUGUAAUGAAGAUGAAUACGUGCCGAUUACAAAUAUAAUAUGGAUAGUGGAGGGCGAACAUCCUUAUUUCAAGCUUCACAUGGAGCAUCCAAUUAUCAGUCAUGGCUCUGAACCAGUUUCUAUUUAUUUCGACUGACUUUAUAGUAUUGAAGAUCUUAUUUUGUGACUUGAUUCGAAUUUAAAUGGGAGAGCCAAUAUUAAAACUGUUUCAUAAGUUUUUGUUUUUAGAUACUACAUUAGUAUCGAAUAAAUCUGUAUUUACUCACUGGCUAAACUAAUAAACUUUAUGUUACUGCGACGGAAA